AUGACGAAGCUCAGAUCAGGAAGAAACCUCCGCUCCAAGAUGGCGACUGACCUGCUGCCUCCAGCAGCUGCGCCACUGAAGAAGAAGACGCGAACGCAGCGGCCUCGCCGACUUCGAUCUCGGAUCUCUCCAAUUAUCUUGUCAUCGUCCAACUCUGCUGCUCUUCCGCUCAAGAAACCCGGCCGGACAAUUAGUACAGCGUUGUCUGUGGAUUCCAGUUCGUGCUCUCACCAGGUCGGUUACGAAGUCUCGUGCGGCCGGACUGGCAGAGGCGGUGCUGAUUCUGCUGCCGGCGUGGAUGCUGAACUGAAUCGGAAUAAGAGGAAAUUCGUCGAGAGUGGAGAUCCGGAUGACAGGCCUGAACCUGAGCUAGCUGCGGGGAGGAUCAUCACGAGAUAUCACCGCAAGCGGAGGCAAGGUCCGACGUCGACGGCCGAGAAUGCAGUGACGGAGGUGAGCGAGCUGUCUUGUGCGGCUUCCAAUUCUGAGAUUGGCGGUGCUGUCUCGGUAGCGAGAGCUCGGGAAUGUAAUAACGAAGCUGGUGAUUCAAAGUCGAUUUCCGAAUCGGACGUUUCAAUCGAUGUGCGAAAUCUGAGAAGCAGUAGUUGCAGAGAGUCCAUGAAAUUCUGCGCGGAGAUGAGAGAGAACGAGGAUGGCGUUUCCGAAGCUCAUGAGUCGUGCAUGACGCAUAAAUCUGGAUUCGGAGCCGCGGAGCGCUCUGAUGUGUUCAAAUACGAAGCUGAUGCGGUCUCCGUCGACGAGUCGGCGGUGGUUGAUCGGAGGCCAAACAGCUUGGCGUCGCUCGAAGAGGAACUCGCUUGUUUGGAACAAUUCUCUUGUGAUGAAGUCACAUCGGAUUCCUCGUCCGGUCACGACACAGCAUUCUCUGAGCUUCAGUCCGAUGCCUUCCUGGAUAGCUUCUCAGAGCUAGAUUUCUCCUCCGAUUACACGCCGUCCAUCUUCUUGGAUACCGGAAGCCAAUUCUCUCAGAAAUCAGAUAGCGAGUCUUCUCCUUCGCCUACUUACUGCUGCCUUCUCGAGUUUAGGCAGCAAUUCUGCCGGUCAACUGCUCCUCUGCACACCAGAACAUCUGCUCCCUUUGCAAUAGAGUGCCUGAACGAGUCCAGCUAUGCAAGAUUCAAAGAUGGGGACGAUGAGCAGAGUUACAAGAUGUUGAGGGGAAGAGAGAGCAGGAACCUAAAUCUACAUGACUAUGCUGAAUUCUACCGCUCCACGACGGAGUAUGGCGACCUAAUUUCCCAGCAACGGUUGCGGAUGGUUGAUUGGAUUAUCGAGGAAUCAGCUGCAAAAGAGCUCCAUCACGAGACAACAUUCCUCGGGGUCAGCCUGCUUGACCGCGUGAGGCAAAUCAAUUUCCGUGUAGGAAAGCAUGCUUACAGUAGAUGUGAAGUAGUGGGCAUGGAAUGGCUGGUACAAGAAGUCCUCGACUUUGAAUGCUUCUUCCCCACAGUCUACAACUUCUUGUGGUUCUACCUAAAAGCUGCUCGAGCUGAUGCAGAGGUGGAGCAGAGGUCCAAGAAUCUAGCCCUGCUGGCAAUAUCAGACCAGGAGCACCUUGAGUAUUGGCCAUCAACGGUUGCUGCAACACUUGUCAUCCUAGCUUGUCUAGAUACCGGCCAAACUGCCCAUUACAAGGGCGUAAUUAAGCUACAUAACAGAACCAAAGCAAAUGAUCUGCAUACCUGCGUACAGCGACUUUUUAGGCUGCUACAGAGAGUAGACUAUCACAGUGCCACCGGUAAAAAGUAGUUGCAGGCCUUCCCAACUUUAGCUACAAAGAAAGAUGAUUUUUGAAUACCUCAUCAGAUGGCAUUUAAAAACCAGACUGGAAAAGGGGGAAAACAACAUAAACCAUUUGUUUUUCUGGAUGUUGUCAUUAAAGGUAGUAGAGGGUCAAAACUUGAAAAGAAUAGCAUAAUGGACGAGGGGUAUUCGGUGUCGUUAUGGGUGUUGUUAUUACUUAUUAGUAGUAAGCAAGCUUUCUUGGCUUCUCUCUAUCUCAGUGUGCGUCUAUCUUGUACAACAAAUUUCACUCUAUUUC